ACUGUUCCACAACACACAGCACACAGCACGCCAAGUAGUGGCUUCUUGUCUGCAGACACGGUUGGCUGCCAGAAGUACCAGAGGCUAGCUGCAUGCGCAUGAGAGCGCGAAUGUUGAGCAUGGCCAGCUGUGUCAACUCGUGGACUCCGGCUUACCGCCCUGGCUCGAACGUAGCAGAAUUUGUCGCUGCAUGCAGGCCCAGCUCGCCCUCAAAAGCAAAAGCAGGCAAAGAUAGGCAGCCCCGGAGAGGAUGCGGCUUCUUUGUUGCCUUGUCCGUCGUGCUUUGUGGUCCGUCGCUUGACGAGGAUGCACGAGAGGGCACAAAGACGGCUGAUCAUGGACCUUUGAUUGCGGAGAAAGGGACGCAUGGAAUCAAGCUCAUCGGCGGCUGCGGGAACCACGUUCGAAAAAACGUGGCAAGAACGUGGGGCUGCAUGCGUCAAAAUCGUCGAAUCGCAGACGCCCAGCUGAGGCCGGCUUUGUGGCUUUUCGGCGACGGGCUUCACAGGUGGAAAUUCACAAAGAGCCCCUGUGCAGGCGUGUGAGAGGGCGGGCUGCGCCGUGCUCAAUGUUGAAAACCCCCUUCCUGUCCACGCGGGUUUCAGAGUGCUUAGCAAAAGCCGCGCCUCCCCGCCGCUCUGAUAAAAGCAAAGCAGCCGCUGCUCCCGCCCGCAGAACACCUCGCACCCAUCACCGCUCACCUGUCGACCUCACCAACGGCACUCCGCUCGGCCUGACGCUUCGAUUGACGAUUGCGGUGCUGCUGCGACUGCGCUAACGACGCCCCUGCUCACGGACUCAGAUCACACCCUCUUCGUC